CACACACACACACACACACAGGAGUUGCCUUGCAGCCACAGUGCACUCUCACACAUGUUGAGUUAAUGUCAGGAGAGAGCAGUCACACAGCAGCUGGGGGUUUUCAAAGAGAGCCGCAAACAUGUCGCUGAAACUGGACGGCAACAUUUUUGUGACUGGCACCAACAAAGGCAUCGGUUUGGAGCUGGUCAAACAACUGGCCGAGAAGACAGGGGUGAAAUCUCACGUCUACGCCGGCUGUAGAGAGCCUGAGGGCACUGGAGCUGAGGCCCUGAGGCAGCUCGCCACUCAAUAUCCUGGAAAGAUCACUAUAAUCAAACUAGACACAUCAGACGAGGACAGUAUCUCAGCUGCCGUCCACACUGUGAGUGAGCGUAUCAGCGACGCUGGUUUGAACCUCCUCAUCAACAAUGCUGCGAUCAAUAAACCUCCUAUACCUGCUCCAUUAGCUGACACUGGGAAAAAGGACAUGAUGGACGUGUAUGAAACCAACGUGGCUGGACCGUUUCUCCUCGCUAAGAUGUUUCUGCCGCUCCUCCAGAAAGCAGCGGAGAAAGACUCGUCUGGUGAGGGUGAUAAAAUGUCCUGCAGGAGGUCAGCCAUCAUUAACAUCUCCACACUCAUCUCCUCCAUGGAGAAAUGUCCAGAGACCUUCCCUAUGGCACAGAUGUAUCCUUACAGGACCAGCAAGGCGGCGCUGAACAUGCUGACUCGCUGUCAAGCUGAAGACUUCAAGAGCCACAACAUCCUUGUGACAGCGAUCCACCCUGGCUGGGUGCGCACUGACAUGGGAGGAGAACAGGCUCCAAUGUCCACCGAGGACAGCGUACUGAGCAUGCUCAGUGUGAUGCCGUCACUUAGCAACAAAGACAGUGGGAUGCUUCUGGACUUUGAGGGCAACAGAAUCCCUUGGUAGCAGCUCUCAUCACAAUCCAAUAUUUCUAGUCAAAUAACGGAGCAGAGAUAACCACCUUUGGCUGCGACAUCAUACACUUAUUAUACGUUUAACAUUACACGAUACACAAAGUCCAGUUGCUUACAUGGAACUACUGAAGAUGACGAGUAUGAACUGAAUCACUGAGAAGCCUCACAGAGUAUCGUGUUAGGAUGCAUGGCUGGAAAAAUGAAUAAAAACAAUAUUUAUAAUUCAA